UGGAUAUACUUUUUCUAUGUUGGCAGCAGUUUACAAACUACGGCUGCUGAUUAGUAUUCUUGAGAUAUACAUAUAUAUAUAUAUGUAUGACCAGAGAUGUGCAACGAUACAAAUGUUAUCAGAAAGUUUAUUUAACAAUUUAAUAGUUUACGUUUGAGUAUUUUCAAUGUAACUUGAAUACAUGAUUUAUGAGUGAUAAUUUGUGAACAUGCGAAUAAUGAGGUAUUGAAUAUUUUAAAAAUGAUAAAAAUGUCGAAAAAUGUGAAAAAAUUAUUACUAGAAUGGAUGUUACAGUUGAACGAUUUAAAACAACAAAUUGUCAAAAAAGCCUGUUUCAAAACGUGUAUUUAACAGUAAUUGAAUAACUUGGAUAUGUUUUACAAAAAAUUCUAGUGGAUUCUUACAGGGUGAAGCUCUAAAAAUUAUUUAGGCCAUGAAUGUAUUCAGUAUAUAAACAUGGCCGUCUGUAUGUUGUCCAAGAAAUGUUUUUGUAUGUUAUUAUGAGAAAUAUGCAUUUAAAAGUAUUGAAUAAUAUAGUAUUGAAAAAUAAUGAUUCAUCAAACCCCAGGCCGAUGUCUGGGUGAGAAAUGAAUGUCUUCAGGAUUCUGCUACCGUGCGCGUUGCAGCGUGGCGACGAUAGUGACGUUGAAAAGAGUGAUUGCUGGUCAAUACGAAAAGAAAGAAACAAUGGUACACGUAUGACCCAAAGAAUGGGAGCAUCAGCCUCUUCAAAUCUUGCCGCAAUUGGAGGAGAUCCCAUCCAGGCGGCAAGACUAUCAACUUCUGGAUCAAACACUGAUCAAUUCAACAUGGGUAUACGAGAGAGGAAAAAGAAAUUGACGGGUUUUGCAACAUUACGAAAGAAGUUUAUAAGAAGACGUCGUUCUUCGAAAGUUUGUGAUCAUGGUCGUGUAAUCAGAGAAUUAGUUUGUACAUGGAGUCCUUUAGAAACAAGUGCUUUAUUGGAAGAGUAUGAAGCUUUAGCAGCAUUAAAAGAUCUUCAUGUACAAGCUGAGCUAGCAAGACCACCGGCAGCAACAUUUAAACAAGAUCUCUCAACAUUAUAUGAUUAUAAACAUUGUACGGAUGUUGAUUUAGUUUAUCGUGGAACGUGUUUUCCUGUUCAUAGGGCGUUACUUUCAGCUCGUUGUCCAUAUUUUAGAGAAUUAUUAGCGGGAUGUCCGGGCUAUGGUGCUCGUAUUUGUUUAGAUUUAAGAACACCAAAUUUAGAAGUUCAUGUAUUUUCUGCAUUACUACGAUACCUUUAUACUGGAGAUAUUUGUUCAUAUGAUACAUCAUUAGAUCCAAAUAUAUUGAGACGAUUGGCCGAAGAGUUUGGAACUCCAAAUCAUCUUGAUCAUGAUCUCAGAUACUUACUCGAUAGUGGAGAUUAUGCUGAUGCAGCAUUAGUAUUUACGUCCGAUGGUGAUUACCAGAGACCUGACAGUGGUAGUUCAGAAUAUGGAUUUCGACCAAAACUUGAAUUACCAUGUCAUAAAGCUAUACUAUCAGCUAGAUCAACGUUCUUCCGGAAUUUGAUUCAACGACGUUCAAGGUCAGGUGAAGAUCACACAGAACGAGCUCUUCAUAUACCAACUAGAAUAGUUCUCGAUGAAUGUGUUAUUCCUAAGAGAUAUGCCCGAGUAUUAUUAAAUGCUGUAUAUUUAGAUACAGUUGAUCUUUCAUUAAUUCUUCGAGGAAGUGGUUGUGGAAGUAGUACAGGAAGUCUUGGUGAAGUACAAGCCUUAACGCAUACAGGCCGUAUGCGUCCAAGUCCGUUGGAAGAAGCGAUGGAGUUGUAUCAAAUUGGACGAUUUUUAGAACUUGAUAUUUUAUCUCAAGGAUGUGAAGAUCUUAUAUUAGAGUGUCUUACUCAUGAAUCAUUACCAACUGUACUUAGAUGGGGGAGUCAACCACAUGGUUCAGCGUGGGUCCAUCGACAAGCGUUACAUUUUUUGAGAGAAGAAUUCCAAUCGUUAGCGUCUUCACCAGUUUUAUAUCAAUUAGAUCAUACGCAUUUAUUACAAGCUCUUCAGAGUCAUUUUCUUCAAGCAAGUGAACUUGAAGUUUUACAAGCUGUGUUGAAAUGGGGUGAACAAGAAUUAAUACGACGAAUGGAAGAUCGUGAACCAAACCUUUUAAGUCAUACGGUACAUUCAGUUGCUCGUAAAGGUGUUAAAAAGAGAGAUCUUAGUGAUAUUGAACUUCGUGAGAUAUUAAGUGAGCUUUUACCUCUUGUGAGAAUGGAUCAUGUGUUACCAUCAAAUAAUGAAAAUUUAACACAGGCUAUAAGAAGAGGUUUAGUAUCGACCCCUCCAAGUCAUAUGAUUGGUGAUGAACGUGAAAAUUUACGUAUAAAUGCAUGGAUAAGAGGUGGAAAGAGGAAUGGAUUAUUUGUUAGGCCUCGUUUAUUUAUGCCGUAUUAUGAGGAAAUAAAGAGUCUAGUCGAAGAGCAAAUGAAUCAAGAAACGGAAUUAUUACGAUUACGAAGAGCACAUUACAUUCCUGAUAUACCUGAUACUUUAUAUAUGGUUGAUGAGAAACCACGAUCAUUGGGUGCAGCUGGAGUAGAUAUUCUUGCUGCAGCUCUACCUGUUCCAGAUUCAAUGACAAUUUCUGCUAUGUUAAAACGUGAACAAAAGUUACGACAAUCACCAAGUUGUCAACGAGCCAUGAGUUUACCGCUCUCUUGUCGACAUGAAAUAAAUCGACAAAUACGAUUACGUGUUGUUCGUGAAUUUAAUUUGCCCGAUGCUGUUGCUGAUUUUCUUGAGAAUGCUGCAUAUUAUAAUUCAAUAGAACAUGACGAAAAAAUAAUGGAAUUGGAAAAUAUGGAAAAUGUUAAUGUGAAUAGUAGUACAACAGCAUCAGCGUGUUAUAGCCGAAACAUGACGUUUCCUCGAUCAAAUUCAUCGUAUGGAAUGAGGCAUGAACUUCCUGCUGUAGUAACUGAAGGAGAGAAUUAUAGACUUCCAGGAGAGCAAUUACAAAGUAAUCAGUGCAAUGACGGCCAUUUGUCGGGAAUAGUACCGGAUGUAGCAAUGGCAACAGCAUCAUUUGGUGCCCUUCAAUUAGCAGAACAACAAGAAUUGGAAUUAGAUCUUGGUGAUGGUGCAACACAUUUACUGCAACCUCCUCCUGGAAUAGUUGGAGCUCAUCAUUCUCAACUUUCACAUCAACGUCAAAGACAUUUUACCGGAGUACCUUCUCAUCCUUACAUGUACCAUCGAUCAAAUCCCGGUCUGCCGAAGUUUAUAUGAAAACGACAUAUAAGUAUGAGCAGAUGUAUGAAAAAACAAGUUUAUAUGACUGAUAUAAUUUAUGUAUGUACAUAUUUAUAUAUAGAUAUAUAUACAUAGAUGGGAAAGACGGCAUAAUGAAAUGGAAUUUUAUUUUGUUGGCGAUUAUAAAUUGUUGUAAUAUGAAUAUUGUAAAUUUUUUUUUGUUAUUUAUGUGAAUUUAAUUUAUACGCCAUGACAUGAAAAUUAUUUAAAAAUUGGAGUAUAAGCAUUAAUGUAAGUACGAAUGGCUGUUAUUUAUAAUAGUAUGAUAUGAUAUAAUCGUAGAAUAUAUAUAUAUAUAAGUAUAUAUAUAUACAAGUUGUUGAGAUAUGAUAAAACAAAUAAAAAAUAAGAUAAGACUGCAUGUAAUGCUGGUGAGAGAAGCGGUUUAUUUUAGUGAAAAAAAGUACCAACAACAAUAAUAAACAAGUAAAUCGUUAAUUUUAAAUGAGGGUAAUCAUUUAUUGGACCAAUUGAAAUGCUAUUAAUGAAAUUGAUAGUAAAGAGAGAUAGAAGAAGGUAAAUUGUGACAUAAUUGAGUAAUGUAAUAAAAAUGAAGUAAGUAGUGUGAAGUUGAGAAUGCAUUUAUAAUUAUUGAUGAUAACGAUAAACGAUUAUUUAACUUGAAUAAUAAAAAGGUAUGAUUUAAAAAUUAUCAAGACUUUAUUAGAUAUAAAUGAUUCGUUUAUUACUAUAUUUUACACUGCCAAAAAAGAUUUAGUAAAAAUGCACUGUACUUUAAUGUACUAUAUUAGAAUGACACGUAGAUUAAAAAAUUUAAAUAAUUGAAUUAUUCAAUAAACGUGAUGAAUAUUAUUUUGUAUUGAAAUGAAUUAACUGAAAUGAAUAGUGUAAUAAUAAAGUAGAAGUGGGGCGGAAAAAAAUGUCGGCAAUAAAUGAUAUUGAAUAAUAAUAAUAAUAGGUAAAAAUGAAUAGACGAUGUGCGGCGAAAAAUGACCAAUUAAUAUGAAAUAAGAGAGAAGUAAUUGGCAUGAGUAAAUGUAAAAGUGAAUAUUAUUUUCGGAAAUUGCGUAAUAAUGGGACGAAAAUAUGGGUUACGAAUGUAAAGUUGUUUGUGAAUAGUUUAAAUAUGUAAUGGAUGAAUUAAUGGGUAUGGUGCAUGAUGGUAGACUGAAUAGGUAUAAUCGAAUUAGUAUGUAAGAGUAAUGGAGUUUGUAAAAGGAGCAUUUAAAUAUUUGUAGUUUUAGGGAAUAAGCAGUAUAUAUACGUAUGGUUUAUUUUAAUUGCAAGUCUACUUACGAGAAGUGUAAGGAAAGUGUUUUAGAAGAUAGGGGAUUGUAAUGUAGGGCAAAUAGAUGAAGUAAGUGACAUUUGAUGUGUGAUAUAAUAAAUUUGUUUGCCAAUAAGCGUAUAAUAAAAGAUCUUUAUAGGCA